CGCCAGGAGUUCCUUUCCCUCUCUCCAUCUUGCCAUUAUUUCCCUCCACUUUUGCUCUCUCUCACUCUUCUUUUUCAUGUAUGAUAGAAGACCAACGCCACAAAAUCAUAAAACAGCCACGUUUCCUUCCUCUCCACCAUUCACCUCCCCCCUCCACUGCUAGGAUAUCUCCUUCUCCCUUCCUCUACGACAGAGCCAAUAGCCAUGUCUUCACUUCCGGCCACACUCCGCUCUCCGCCACCGCCGGAGCCAAAACCAGAGGAUAGCGAUGAGGAUCUGUUCACCGUUCCCGACGUUGAGUCAGCUCCAGGAAACAGCUCUCCGGCGGCGAUCGAGGCAGCGAAAGUUUCCGGCGAAGGGCCUUCGAAGUGCAGGAAGGGCCGAAACCCGGCAGAAAGGGAGUACAGAAGGCUCAAAAGGCUGCUUAGGAACAGAGUAUCCGCUCAACAAGCCAGAGAAAGAAAGAAAGUUUACGUGAAUGAUCUUGAAUCCACAGCCACACACUUGCAGGAGCAAAAUAUGAAACUGGAAGAAAAGAUUUCCACAUUGGUUAAUGAGAACACAAUGCUUCGAAAGGUUCUCAUGAACGCCAGGCCAAAGAGUGAUGACAGUGGAGAACAUAAUGAAAAGACCGCAAAUUUUUAAUAUUUAGUGUUAUAUAUUAACAUUCAUGAGCUAGCUAACUCUUUGAAGGAAAAAAUUUGGAAGUAAUUAUUAUAUUUCCUGUUUUCCCCAAAUUUUUUUUUUUUAGAUUUCCCCAAAAAAUAUAUAUAUAUUUCCUGCUGGCACUGUACUUUUUCUA